AUGGAUAGCAAUGGAUCUGUGGUGAUACACUUUGAACAUGGUGUAGACCGACAUAUUUCUACUUUGGUGAUGAAAGGAAGAUAUGAGGAGAUUACUUAUUCCCACUUGGUUGAUAGAAUAGGCAAAAAACUGAAGAUUGAUGUAGAUGCCACCAAGCUUCAACUGAGUUACUUUCCGCUGGUCUUGAAUAAUAAAAAUUCUUGUUAUAUCUUGGAUGAUGAAGAUGUUUUAGGAUAUUUGAUGAUGGUAGAUAAGAAGAACCGACGUUGUGUCUUGCAUGUGGAACUUGCCAAAAUCGUCUCAGAAAAUCAGAGCAACGAGAUGUUUUCUAUGAAUGAGGAAAAUCUGAGUGAUGCCAGAGCUAAUGAUGGCAUGGUUGGAGUUGGAGAGUUGGAAAUUGUUCCUCAUAUUCAGGAGGAUGAGUUUGAGCAUGAGAAAAUCAGUGAAGAGGGUGAUGAAAUGGAUGAUAGGGAGGAGUUGCCGGCUGUUACAGCAGUUGAACCUCCUGUUGUCAAUUCAGAAUGGGAUGAUGGCAUUGAUAUUAGUCUUCAUCAAGAAUUUGCGACUAGAGAAGAAGUGAGGGAUUUAGUGGACAAAGGUGUGCAUUCCAAUUGUUUUGAGGUUGAUAUACAGAAGUCGAAUCCUCGGGUUUACAUAUUGAAAUGUCGUGGGGCUGGAUGCAGAUGGUAUUUACGAGCUGCAAAGCUGAAAAACUCUGAUUUUUUCUCUAUCAGAACGUAUAGAAAGAUUCAUACGUGCUCUCGUGGAGAUGCAAGUGUCAUGAAGAAGAAGAAAAGAGGCACACCAAGCUUGGUCGCAUCAGUGGUGCACUCUGAUUAUCCCGGCAAAUACAAGACUCCGGAUCCAAAGACUCUCAUAGAUUUGGUGCAGAACAAGCUGGGUGUUAAGGUUUCAUAUUCUACGGCUUUGAGAGGGAAAAAUAAAGCUUUGAGUGAUUUACGUGGUAACCCGGAGGAGAGUUUUGCUAGGCUGCCAUCUUACUUGUACAUGUUACAAAGGAUGAAUCCUGAUACCAUUACACGAUUAGAAGUGGAUGAGAAGAACCAGUUUAAGUAUAUGUUCUUUGCGCUCGGAGCUUGCAUCGAAGGGUUCAAGGCGAUGAGGCAAGUGAUAAUAAUGGAUGGAACUCACCUGAAGGGUGUGUACAAAGGAGUGCUUCUCAUUGCCACUGCUCAAGAUCCAGAUCAUCAUCAUUAUCCCCUUGCUUUUGCAGUAGUAGAUGGUUGUCCUCCCUCCGUAUGUGGAGAAAAAAAAGGAAGACUACAAGUUACUAGAUUCCCAUCUGCCGGAGAAUAUCGGAGGAAGAGAAAGAAGAAGUUUCCACCAUUGAUUGGUGAAAACGAAGAAAGUGGCAGUGAUGGCACUGACAGUGAUAGCAGUGGUAGUGACAGCAGUGACAGCAGUGGAAAUGGGAACGAAGGUCCAAUGCAAAUUUGA